AUGUUUUUCUUGGCACCAUUACACCAGGUGUUGUCUUGCUACCGGUCACUUCACAGGACGCGGCUUAAAGUUUUCAGAGAUGACAGUUUUGCUUUAGAGGCUGGAAAACAGAGGAUAAGAACUGAAUUUCUAAAGCACAAAAAUGAGACAGAUCCAGCAAAAAUUGCUGAACUUAUUCAAAUGGCAGAGGGUGCAGAGAAGGUCCUGAGGUGUAAUAUUGUGCAAGGCAUACAAACUGACAACAGAACAUUCCGUCUGAGAAUUACUGAGGACACUGAACUUCAAAACAAUGCCCCACGUCCAAGCAAAAAAGAUAAGUGA